CCCCCCGCACGCCUACGCGGCCAGGCGGGGCCAGGCAGCCGCAGUGGGGCCCUGCCGGGCCCAGCGCCCGCCCCGCCCCGCGCCGCCGGGCGACGCUCCUUCCGGUGCGGGCGGCGGCCAUGGGGACGUCGCAAAAGGAUGUUAUAAUAAAACCUGACGCCCCGAACACGUUACUUUCGGAGAAGCACGCGGACUAUAUCGCUUCGUAUGGAACGAAGAAAGAUGAUUACGAAUACUGUAUGUCGGAAUAUUUGAGGAUGAGUGGUGUGUACUGGGGGCUGACAGCAAUGGAUCUCAUGGGGCAGCUGCACCGAAUGAACAAAGAAGAAAUUCUGUCAUUCAUCAGAUCAUGUCAACAUGAAUGUGGUGGAGUAAGUGCCAGCAUAGGUCAUGAUCCUCAUCUUCUGUAUACCCUCAGUGCCAUCCAGAUUCUUACCUUAUAUGAUAGUCUCCAUGUUGUUGAUGUAAAUAAAAUUGUUGAAUAUAUACAGAACUUGCAACAAGAAGAUGGAUCAUUUGCUGGAGACAAAUGGGGAGAAAUAGAUACAAGGUUCUCCUUCUGUGCUGCAGCAACUCUUGCGCUUCUGGGAAGACUGGAUGCUAUUGAUGUGGGGAAAGCAGUAGAAUUCGUUUUGUCCUGUAUGAACUUUGAUGGAGGAUUUGGUUGUAGACCGGGUUCCGAAUCACAUGCAGGGCAGAUCUAUUGUUGCACAGGAUUUCUGGCUAUAACCGACCAGUUGCAUCAAAUAAAUGUUGACUUGCUGGGUUGGUGGCUUUGUGAACGCCAGUUACCUUCUGGAGGUCUCAACGGACGACCAGAGAAGUUACCUGAUGUAUGUUACUCGUGGUGGGUGCUAGCAUCUUUGAAGAUGAUUGGCAGGUUACAUUGGAUUGACAGAGAGAAACUGCGCUGCUUUAUUUUGGCUUGCCAGGAUGAGGAGACUGGAGGAUUUGCUGACAGACCAGGAGAUAUGGUGGAUCCGUUUCACACCUUAUUUGGAAUUGCUGGACUAUCUUUAUUAGGAGAAGAACAGAUUAAGGCCGUCAAUCCUGUCUUUUGUAUGCCAGAAGAUGUCCUUCGAAGAAUAAAUAUACAGCCUGAGCUUGUGAGCUAAGCCUUGUAGAGAAAAAAGGUUGAUAUGCCCAGUUACUUUGGUUUUAUUGAUUUAAGUAAUCUCAUCUCUGAAAUUUAGCAUAUACUUUUGAGAUGUGUUUACAUUAUGAAAGUAAAGCAGUAGCUUUACUGUGGGCUUUUUCACUUUGUAAACUAUCAGAACAGGCUGGUUCUAAUUAUCUGAGUGUAACGUGUUCUUUAGUUGUAUAUAAGAGAUGUAGAAAAAUUCAAGUCAAAGCAAUAGUGUGAAUGCUUGGUUUUUGUAUUACUGUGAUACCAACUAUGCUAGCAUAUGUCUUUACACAAGCAUGUUUGGUGGUGGGUCACACAAAGCACUUUAAAAGAAUAUGGGGGGAAAAAACCCAAACCAAUGCCAAACAAAACCCUACUUAAGCCAUGCACUUAAUGCCAUACACAUGUGCAUUUAAUUCAUCCUGUUGACAUUUGCCAUCAGUUUUCUAUACUGUCAAACAAGCUUUUUCUUCUGAUAGUAAUUGGUACCGGUGAAAGCAAAAAUUAUGGUUCCAUUAAGUAUAUAAAUGUCUUCAUUUUUUAAUGAGUCCCUUAGGUUCCAUUUUCAAGUAUCAGCAAAAUCUAUCUCAAGUAUGUUUAGUGAAACUUGCAAACAUAAAGCAUUCCAGAGAAGGUCUUAAUAGGACAGACUUGUAACUGAGAGCUGAUCCUAAAUUCAUUGCUGGGUUGAAAUCCUGCUUUCAUAGCUCCUAAGAUGAUAAUUGCCAACUUGAUUAUGGUGUAAUUGAGAAUAAAACUAACCCUGGAAAAUA